UCCAAAUAUGGCACUUUAUUUUGAAAUUCCGCGCACUAAUUUCAGCAGCAAAUUCAAUGGAAAUGAAAGGUUUUUGUUUCAUCAGAUGGCACUGUUUGUGCAACUGAACUACAGUUUGAAGGUCUGAACACUUAUUAAAGGGAGGUUUAUGCAGGUGUGCAAGCGUUUUUAAUUAAAAAAAAUUCGAUGCACUUUUUCGUGUGGCUGAUUUUUACGCACAUUUUGAUUUAGAGGUGAAGUUCCCAGAUAUUUUAGGACCUUCUUCGUAGAUCGGCGCAAGGCAGAAAAAACUCUCUGUAACUUUUACAAAAGUGAACCUGUCAGCUGGUUUAAUUUUGCAGUCAGGAAGCGAGAAAAGGCAAUGCGGAAGAUGAAAAACCUUGCAGAGUUGUGUAAGUGAGUGCGCCGGCGCGCGCGUGUGUAACCGUGUAGAAGCGCGAGCCACGCCACCACCAGAGAGGGGUUCCCUUUUCCAACAGUGCGCACAGACCGGAGAGGCUGACGGAGGCUUUUAAUGUGUGAAAACUCGGACGACAAACAACGAGGAAGUGCAGCAGCGGAUCGACUAAACCCAAACUGAACUCUCUGGAAGUGAAAUUAACAGAUUUGAAGGUUAAGGAGAAUCGGCUUCCUCGUGCGCUCUCACGGCGGAUUAAGGUCUCCAAUGCCCAAAGAGUGCAGGAGAAAGACCUCCAAGGACUUCGUGCUCUCUGGGACUGGACUGCACGAGGGGGCGCGUUCAGAGCGGAGAUCAGCCGGGAAAGUAUCGCAGAUUUGCGAUGAACUCGUUCAGACAGCCGCUCAGAUCGGCCCGUCGUCCGCAGCCGGAGCGCCCACUGUGAUGGAUGCGCGCCGGGUACCGCAGGUCACCAUCACUCCGGAGGGAGGCGGCUGCUCCCGGGAGAUGCUGCAGGAGGACUGGGAUGAUGCUGUGGACGGUACUCUGCGCAGGAAACUAUCCAACUCCUCCAUCUCCUCCACGGGCUCCUCCGCUGUGGAGUCCGAGGAUGAUUUGCUGAGCGACAACGAGAGCAAAAGCAAAGGCAUCGUAACUCUGGAGCAUCUGGUGGACGCUGGAGAGAGUAAGCCGUGGUGGAAGUUGAAGACAAUCGUCCACUGGCCCUUCAGUGCUACGCAGAGGAAAAAACUGAACUGGGUUCAGCUAGCGGGGCAUAAAGGUAACUUUAAAGCCGCAGAUGAAGGCAACAUCCUGAAGAAGUUCUCAGAAAACGAAAUGCUGUGUUUUGAGAAGCUGAGGGAUGACGCGCUGCUCCCGUUUGUGCCCGGUUACCACGGCACCGUGGAAAAAGACGGAGAGUCUUUUCUUCAUAUGACUGACCUGCUGGCAAACUUUGACCUUCCCAAUGUCAUGGACUGCAAGAUGGGAGUGAGGACAUACUUGGAGGAGGAGCUUGUUCGGGCCCGGGAGCGACCCAAACCGAGGGAAGACUUGUACAAGAAAAUGGUGGAAGUGGACAGCGAGGGACCAACUCCCCAGGAGCAUUCCCAACGGGGUGUCACCAAGCCUCGUUACAUGCAGUGGAGGGAGACCAUGAGCUCCACCCACACUCUAGGCUUCAGGAUAGAAGGGAUCAAGAAAUGUGACGGUACAUGUCGGACUGACUUCAAGAAAACCAGAUCGAAGCAGGAUGUCAUCCAAGUGUUCAAGGACUUUGUCGAAGGGAAUGUCAACAUCAUAAAGUCUUACCUGAGCAGACUGACGGAGAUCCAGCAGGCCCUGAAGACAUCUGAAUUCUUCAAGCAACACGAGGUCAUCGGCAGCUCUCUCCUUUUUAUCCAUGACCACACCAGCAACGCACAGGUCUGGAUCAUUGACUUUGGAAAGACAACAGCGUUACCAGAGGGCCAGACGUUAAAACAUAACGUUCCCUGGCAGGAAGGAAACCGGGAGGACGGCUACCUGUGGGGGCUGGAGAACCUCAUCCACACUCUGGAGUCUGUGAGGGAUGAAGAGGAGAGCGAAGAAAACUUUUGCUCAGUGACCAAAGAAAACAACCAAACAAUGGAGACAGAUGGUCAGUGACCUGGAGAUGAAGUGAAGUCAAACUAUGUUAAUGGACACCACAGAGAGGGGGGGGGUUCAAAUGUGUUGAUCUGAGUGCUUGAUGAUAAAUACUGAAAAGAUUGCAGAAAUGCUACAAUGAAGAACGUUUUUAAGUUUUAUAAAAGCCACUGACAGAAAAGACACAAUGGACACUGAACAGGGAGACGCAAAGGGUUUGUCACUAGUUACUGAACGAUUGAGCAAAUGAACUGACACUAAUUCAACUUCCUGCAAAACGAACAGAAGUGAAAGUGUAGGGAUUCUGCAUUUCAGUUUCAGGGACAGGGUGUUACACGUGAAGGAAAUACUCAAGAGAUACGAAUCAAAACAAGGAAAGAGUGAGCAAUCACAAGUCCUCAGUUCUCCUUAUUAACAUCAAACCUUCAGCCCUGAUGUUACAUCUCAGCCCAGUCGCCAGAAAGAAAUGUUGGCACUGAAUGUUUAUGCAAACUACAGAUAUGUUACAGUUUUACGUUUUAAGUUUUUUUUUUUGGAUCGCUUUAAGGUAAUUUUGUGUCUCUGUCGUUGUUUUGUGCCUUUCUGUAGUCAUAUGUGUAUCUUUGAGACAAUUUUCUGUAUUAUUGAGAUGAUUUCGUGUCUUUUGUGUCAUUUUAGUUGUUUUGUCUUACUUUGAAGUCAUUUUGUGUCUCCCUGUGGUUGGUUUGUGUGUCUUUUUAAUCGCUUUGUGUCUCUUUGUGGUCUUUUUGUAUCUGUUAUUUGUUGUGUAUGUGUUCACUUAGGUGACAUAAAGUGAUACAGAUCUGAUAACAUGUAUAGGAGUUGGCUCGGUAGUUGGAGAUGUUGGUGGAAGGCAUGAGACCUUGGCGAGAAGGCUGCCAAGCUGCAGACCUCUCUAAGAGACCAACAAACAACAAAACCGGUAAUUUCAUAACAAGAAAUCUUGGCAUUUCCAGCAUUGACUGUGCCACAAAAAACAGGUUUUUUAUGCCAAAACAGGAUCUUCUAACCAUUACCAAGUUUGUGCCUAAACAUAACCACCUGCUAUUUGCAGCAUUGUUGAGACAUACAGAAACACCACUACAUAACAAAUAUAUGCAACAUAUCUGUGGUUUGCAGAAACACAUAAUGCCAACAUUUACUCUGGUGACUGGGUUGCACAUCAGUUAUAUUAAAGGAGAAAUUCUGUGCAGUAUGAAACUCACAGACCUCACAGUCACAUGACUACAACACAUAACACACUCUCAAUAUAAUACUGCAUACUGUGUAAUGAUUAGAGUGCAUUAUCUGUGUCACUGUUCUGACAAACUCUUAUUGUAUAUCAGUUUAUAUUUCUUUUAAUGAUUUUAUUGCUGUAAUCAAACUUGUGAUUGUUUUCAUUUUUUUAAUUUUAACA